AGCUUCAGCGGAAGUUCGCAGCGACUAAAGAUGACACCGUGGCUGCUGAACAGUUUGGCAGCGGGUCUGCUGGCUCUUUUCGUCUACCAGAGGAUGUUUCAUCCCUUCUUUUGGGCAGAUUUGAUUUAUUACUUAAAGCUGCGCGGAUACACAAAGGCGCUGCGGGCUCGCGCGCGCGCUGGAACUGUGACGUUCACAGACUGUUUUCGCUUCCAGGCGGCAAAAAACCCAAACAAGGCCUUCAUUAUCUACCAGAACCAGACUCUGACCUACCGGGACGUGGACAGGAGAAGUAACCGCUUCGCCAGCACUUUCCGGGCGGAUGCGGGUCUGGCGGCGGGAGACGUGGUGGCGCUGUUGAUGUGCAACGAGCCGGACUUCGUGUGCGUGUGGUUCGGACUGUGCAAACUGGGCUGUGAAGUGGCCUUUGUCAACGUCAACAUUAAAGACGCUAAUCUGCUGCACGCUUUCCGCAGCUGUGGAGCCACGUCAGUUGUUGUUGGCGCAGACUUGGUACAUUUGCUGGAAGAGGUCCAGCCUGAACUGAAGGAGGACAACAUCAGUGUGUGGGUGGUCGAUCACACUUCACCCACUGAGGGGUUCAACAGUGUCCUUGAUAAGCUGGAUCGCAUGUCUGGAGAACCUUUAAGUGACCUUCCUAAAGUUGAUAUCAUGUCAAACUUCCUCUUUAUCUUUACUUCAGGCACUACAGGUGUUUCCAAAGCGGCGCGCGUUGGUCAUCUUAAAGCCGUUAGGUCCAUGUCGUUUUUUCACUUCUGUGGAGCCACAGCUGAUGAUAUCAUCUACACCACGCUGCCCCUGUACCACAUGUCCGCCUCGCUGUUAGGGAUUGGAGGAUGCAUCCAGCUCGGUGCAACUUGUGUCUUAAAAAAGAAGUUUUCUGCCAGUCAGUUUUGGAAGGACUGCGUGAAGUACAACGUGACUGUGGUGCAGUACGUCGGAGAGCUCUGCCGAUAUUUGGUCAACCAGCCCACGGUUCCAGAGGAAAGGGCUUGCAGUGUUCGUUUAGCAGCAGGAAGUGGCCUCAGACCAGAUGUUUGGAAGGAAUUUGUCAAGCGCUUUGGGAGGAUCACGAUCAGGGAGGGUUACGGUUUGACUGAGGCCAGCAUCGGUUUCCUUAAUUACACCGAUGAGAUUGGCGCAAUUGGACGAGCGAGCUUCUUUAACAAGCUUUCUCUUCCAUUCGCGCUCUUGAGAUACGACCCGCAAACACAUGAACCGAUCCGAACAGACUCUGGAAGAUGCAUUCAAGCACAAACUGGAGAGGCAGGUAUCCUGGUAGCGCCGGUAUCAGCCAUGAACCAGUUUCUGGGCUAUGCUGGGAACAAGGUCCAGUCUGAGAAAAAACUCCUCAGAGAUGUGUUUAAGGUCGGAGAUAUCUAUUUCAAUACUGGAGACCUUCUGAUCUGCGAUCACAGGGGCUUCCUUUAUUUCCAUGACCGUAUCGGAGACACUUUCAGGUGGAAAGGAGAGAAUGUGUCCACAACUGAGGUGUCAGAGGUUUUAGGUCGUCUAGAUUUUAUCCAGGAGGCCAACGUCUAUGGUGUGGCAGUACCAGGGUGUGAAGGCAAAGCCGGCAUGGCAGCUGUUGUCUUAAAAGAAGACCAUAAAUUAGAUGGUCCAGAACUUUACAAGCACCUUGUCAAAACACUUCCUGCCUACGCCUGGCCGUGGUUUCUCAGACUGCAGAGAGUUCUUGAAGUCACUGAGACCUUCAAGCAGCAGAAGAUGAAGCUGGUCCAGCAGGGUUUUAAUCCACAGGUCACACUGGAUCCUCUGUAUUUCUUAGAUGUGUCUCAGAAGGACUACAUUCCUCUGACUAUGUCUCUGUAUGAAGACAUUGUGUCUGGAAAAAUCUGUUUUUAAAUCCUUCAUAUGUGGGUUAGAACCUGAGAUGAUAAAAUGUAGCUAGACAGGUGACGUUCCUACUAAGUCCAUAUUCUCAUUGAUUUGGAUUUACCACCCUGCUGAGUCAUUUUUACAGUCACAGCUGAGUGUCUCAGAUUCAGUUGAAAACUAACUCUGUGUAGAAGCUGAUUUAGGUUUUUCUCUGUUUCCACAGUGGUCAUUGAACAAAUCACUAAAAGUAACUGAUCAACCUCAGUAUCCAAAGACAGAGUUUGUGUAAAACCAUAAAACCAUGAACCAUAAAAAAGAUUCCAUGAGGAUCUGACAUAUCCUCACUCAUGUCUCCUCAAAGAAUCCUCAUCCUCAAAGUGUAAAAUAGAGAAAAAAAAAUCCUUUCUGAUGGAGGAUCAGCUGAGCCCAUUGGUCCUCUCUUCCUGCAUCAGUGGCUUCUGUUGGUCAAGGAAAAGUGGUUGUUGGGUGGUUUUCAAUUGGAAAGUCGGGUGUUGGGUAUUUUUCUGUUAGAGGCCAUUGGGAGGUGAUGGUCUAGUGGUUAAGGCGUUGGGCUUGAGACCAGAAGAUUCUUGGUUCAAAUCCCAGCCUGACUGUAAAAACACUAAGGGCCCUUGGGCAAGGUCUUAAGUGCCCUAUUGCUC